UGAUACGGCUGGUAACAUGCAGUAGCAUCUUCUUUUAUAAGCAGUUCCCAAUCGCCUUGUCCUUGGUGCUCGUCAUUCCCUCGAGUCCAAAACUUCUCAUCUGACUUAUUAAUGCUUGCAGUAUAAACUAGUACUAGUAAUAAACAAACAAACCCAAACGAGAUUUGUGACGACAAGGCCCCUCGAGCAGCCCGUAAAUCCCCGUGCCGUCUCGGCACGGGCACCCUCCGAAUUGACAUUUCACCAGACUAUAAAAUCUCCUGUAGUAGGAUCAAGGGGAAAAAGAAAAUUUAUUCAUAUAGCUCGGCUUGGUGUGGCGCUCAUGGUUGCCGGCAUCUUUCCACGCUGCAAAUGGCGGAGUGCCUACCCGAAUAAAACAGCAGAGGAUUCCUCCUUCCCCUGCGCUGCGCCUGCUCGUUUCUUCUCUAGCAUCACGGCCGCUGGUGCUGCAGCGGCGGAGGUGUCAAAGAAAUGAGCUUGCGGGGCGACCCGGCGGCGGCCGGGGACGAGACGGCGGAGGAGCUGCUGGAGCGUGUCCGGGGGAUGGUGCCGCCGGCACUGGCGGCGGCGAGGGCGGCGGGCGGGUUCCCGGGCCGGUGGAAGGCGAUCGCCGCCAAGCUGGAGACGCUCCCGGCGUGCCUGUCCGACCUGUCCAGCCACCCUUGCUUCGCCAAGAACGCGCUGUGCCGCGAGCUGCUGCAGUCGGUGGCCGCCACGCUCGCCGAGGCGGCCGACCUCGCGGGGCGGUGCCGGGGGCCGCCGGAAGGGAAGCUGCGGACGCAGAGCGCCAUCGACGCCCUCGCCGGGAAGCUGGACCUCAACCUCCGGGACUGCGCGCUGCUCGUCAAGACAGGCGUGCUGUCCGACGCCUCCGGCCCCUCGCCGCCGGCAGAGGCGCCGGCGCACGCGGACGUCCGGGAGCUGCUCGCGAGGCUGCAGAUCGGGCACACCGAGGCCAAGAACCGGGCCGUGGACGGGCUCCUUGACGCGCUGCGCAACGACGAGAAGAGCGUGCUCUCCGUGCUCGGCCGCGCCAAUGUCUCCGCGAUUGUGCAGCUGCUCACGGCGUCGGCGCCCGUGGUCCGGGAGAAGGCCGCCACGGUGAUAUGCCAGGUCGCGGAGUCGGGCAGCUGCGAGAGGCUGCUGGUGUCGGAGGGCGUCCUGCCGCCGCUCAUCAGGCUGGCCGAGUCCGGCAGCGUCGUCGGGCGCGAGAAGGCCGCAAUCACGCUGCAGCACCUGUCUGUGUCCCCUGAUGCUGCGCGCGCGAUCGUCGGCCACAGCGGCGCCGGCCCGCUCAUCGAGAUCUGCCAGACGGGGGACUCCAUCUCGCAGUCCGCCGCGGCCGGCGCGCUCAAGAACCUCUCGGCGGUGCCGGAGGUGCGGCAGGCCUUGGCCGACCAAGGAAUCGUCCGCGUCACGGUCAACCUGCUGGACUGCGGCGCCGUGGCCGGCUCCAAGGAGCACGCCGCCGAGUGCCUGCAGAACCUGACGUCGAGCAGCGACAGCUUGCGGCGCGCCGUGGUGUCCGAGGGCGGGCUGCGCAGCCUGCUGCUCUACCUGGACGGCCCGCUGCCGCCGGAGUCCGCGGUGGGCGCGCUCCGGAACCUCGCGGGCGCCGUGUCGCCCGACAGCCUGGUGUCGCUGGGCGUGCUGCCUCGGCUGGCCCACGUGCUGAGGGUGGGGUCGAUCGGCGCCCAGCAGGUGGCGGCGGCAGCGAUCUGCCGGAUGUCCAGCUCCGCGGAGAUGAAGCGCGCGGUCGGCGAGCACGGGUGCAUGCCGCUGCUGGUGCGGCUGCUGGAGGCCAAGUCGAACGCGGCGCGCGAGGUGGCGGCGCAGGCCCUAGCGAGCCUGGUGAGCUGUCCUCCCAACGCCCGGGAGGUGAGGAAGGACGACAAGGGCGUGCCGAGCCUGGUGCAGCUGCUGGACCCGAGCCCCGCGAACACGGCCAACAAGUACGCCAUCGCGUGCCUGCUGACGCUCGCGGCGGCCAAGCGGUGCAAGAAGCUGAUGAUCUCGCACGGCGCCAUCGGGUACCUGAAGAAGCUGUCCGACAUGGACGUCGCCGGCGCCAGGAAGCUGCUCGAGAGGCUGGAGCGCGGCAGCCUGCGCAGCCUCUUCAGUAGGAACUAGCGUACGUAGCGGCUGUAGAAAGUAAAAACAAAAAAAAAACCUAAGCUUCACUCUCUGCUUAUAUGGUGAUGAUACCUUGGCAAUUUUUUUUCUUUUUGCUGUAACAUGUAUAAAAAUCAAGUCCAGUUUCACACACACAACGCUGUCGAUGUGCAGGUGUUCGUGUUAACUGAAUAUAUGGAGCUGUAAAGUCAGGAGCUUCAGGCUCUGAAUAAAUUAUGGAUCAGUAGCAUUUUUUUUCCUU